AUGGGUUGCUCUAUAAGAAAGUCGAAACAAAGACAAAGGGAUGAUAUUGAUUAAUUAGAACAAUUGAUUCAAUCAGAUUGUCUUGGAAACGAAUAAAAUUUUAUUCUUGUGAAAAAUCCAAUCAUAAUGAGAAGAAAUUUUAGUAAAGAAAGCCGAAAAUUAUCAGAUUCAAAACCUAUAUGA